CGAGAUCCAAGAUGGCGCCCCCGUGCUGUCAGACUGUUAAAGUAACUAACUAAACUUUUCGGACAUAAAACAUUUUUGUCCGGAAACGUUUAAGAAGAAAACCUUUUUGUUUCUUUUCUAUAUCACUUCAUCUACAGUUUCCCCUUUUUACCCCCAAACUGGACCACAAACCAAAAGAUCCGGAGCGAAACAUCCACCAGUGUUUUCACAGAAUCUGCAUCAUGAUCACGGACGACACAGCCGACACGGAAACAGAUAAAGCCAGCUCCGGACCGGGUUCACCCUCCAGCUCAGUGUUUCCUCGAGGAGUCCGGCAGCUGUUGGUGAUUAAAGAAGAGUUUUCUUCUGAGUGGAGCCCCAACCUGCACCAGGAAGACCGAGGGUAUAUACACAUAAAAGAGGAACAGGAGGAACUCUGGACCAGUCAGGAGGGACAGCAGCUUAAUGAGCUGGAGGGAGCUGAUAGUACCAGGUUAACAUUCACUGCUGUCAUUGUGAAGAGUGAAGAUGAUGAAGAGAACCCUCAGACAUCGCUACUUCAUCAGAGCCAAACUGAGGACAUCCGACAGGCAGAGCCUCCAGCCAGCAGCUCAGCGACUCAGAUUAAGACAGAAAUCGAUGGAGAGGACUAUGGAAGAUCUGAACCUGCCAGGAACCAAGAUGCAGGUAGUCAUCCUCAACAAAAUGCUAAUGACGAGGCAGAGACUGAAGUCAGAUAUGGUUGGCAAGAACCUUUGUCCAAUUCUGGACCUGAAACUGAAGACAGUGAUAGUGAUUGGAAAAGGAAUAGGGCACCUGAUUCAGGUGUAAAUGCUCUGAAAUAUAAGGAUGCCCCUGUAAGUGAUGUGGGAUGUAACGCUGAAAAAAAGUCUGUCAGCUGCUUUAUGUUUGGUAAAGGAUUUCACUACAAGAGUUCUCUUCAGAGACACAUAAUGUGUGAUUUUGGGAAAGGGUCCUCCAGCUGUUUGGAUAUAAAUAAAUGUGUUGGAGUGAAAGAAAAGACAGAUUCAAAGAUCAGAGUCCAAACAGGAGAGAAACUAUUUGGCUGUGUUGAUUGUGGAACAAGAUUUAGCCUGAAGAAAAAUCUUGAGAGACACAUGAGAGUCCACACAGGAGAGAAACCAUUUGGUUGUGAUGUUUGUGGGAAAAGGUGUACACAACAGGGAGAUCUUAAGACACAUAUGAGGAUCCACACAGGAGAGAAACCAUUUGGUUGUGAUGUUUGUGGGAAAAGAUUUACACAACAGGGAGAUCUUAAGGCACAUGUUAGAGUCCACACAGGAGAGAAACUAGUUGGUUGUGAUGUUUGUGGUAAAAGAUUUACAGAGCAGGGAAGUCUGAGGAGACACGUCAGAAUCCACACAGGAGAUAAACCGUUUGGCUGCUCCGUUUGUGGUAAAAGAUUUAAUCAGCAGACGCAUUUUAAGACACACAUGAGAAUUCACACAGGAGAGAAACCAUUUAGUUGUGAUGUUUGUGGUACAAGAUUUGUAGAACAAAGUAGUUUGAAGAAACACAUUCGAGUCCACACUGGAGAGAAACCAUUUGGCUGUGAUGUUUGUGGGAAAAGGUUUACACAACAGGGAAAUGUGAAGAAACACAUGAAGGUUCACAUAGUUUGAGAUAAUCAAAGUUUCUCCUCCACCAAAUGGCUCUGUAAAGGCUGUGAAUGUUCCAUUGACAACACCUAGACACCCUAUCACAGCAGGGGACAGAUACUCAGGUGUGACCAGUUGUAAACCUACUUGGAAUUCCAUGCAAAAGAGUGAAAGAUUCUGCAAAUCCGAUUGAAAGGAAAAUAUUAGACCUUACUGCCUAACUCAUGGAACUGAAAAACUGAACUGCAGUCUAAGUGUGUCUAAAAAGAGAACUUCACAGGAAUUUUGAGAGGCCCUUUUAUACAUGCACUUCCAUUUCCCCGUUCUGAGGAAUUCACGAACGUUCCCUCUUCCCAAACAAAGAGCUCUUUUUCAAGAACUUGACUGCUACAGUGUUACUUUUCUUAUUGUAAGAAUGUGUAUAUGUGAUAUUCUCUACUAUGUAAGAAGUUUGCUAUCAUUCAAAAGACAAAAGCUCAAAGUUGAUCUAGGUUGAAAUUCUAAAGUAAUUCUUUACAAACUGCUACAGGUAAUUCUGCACUGGUUGGUUUUAUUUCUGAAUUUCCUUCUCAACUUUGUAUGGAAAAGGCUGUCACUGUAAAUGUGUUGCCAGUGAUAAGAACCCAUCCUGUCAUCAUUGGGAAUCUAAAUUUCAUGCCAUGUCCUCUGCACUUAACCCACGCACAGAAUUAUCUGCAACACAUCUCUUUAGCUUUCUGAGCCAACUCACGGGCCACCCAAGUAAAAAUACAUUCCUUUGUUUACUAACUGGGUCAGUUUGGAAAUGACAGUUGGAUUCUUAUCAAAAACGCUAUUCUAAAUGUACCAACAAUGUCACCAGCUGCUAUAGUGAUGGCCAUUUCCAACCAUAUUCAUUCUUUCAUUCAUUCCAUUCAUUCAUUUGUAUGCCUCUGCUGGUGUACGGGCCAGUACCGUGAACGUGAUAUCUCGAGAAUGCAUUGAGGGAUUUUCUUCAAACUUUGCACAAAUGUCCACUGUGACUCGAGGAUGCCCUGAUUAGAUUUUUGAGGUCAAAGGUAACUGAAACGUCACAACUUGUGAAUGUGAUAUCUCAAGAUCGCUAUGAGAAAAAUUUAGUCAAAUUUAGCACAAACCUACACUUGGACCUCAAGCAUGAACUGAUCAGAUAUGGAGGUCAAAUGUGCAACCUGACAUAUUGUGAAGUCAAAGGGUUUUUGUACCAAAUUGUAGCUUCUUAGGAGCUGUACCUUCUUUAUAAUGAAGGCAUAUUACCGCCAAGUGGUAGUUCUAUUUAUCUAUUGCAUUUUUGAGAGUCCUGAAGUUUAUAAUUAAUAAUUUGUUUGCUGUCUUGUCAUUGUAUUUGUUUGUGCUGAAGAGUUGUCCUUUGUCAGCAGUUUAGUAGGCCUAAUAAAUAAGACAUACACAC